ACACGAGCAAGUUCUUUUGAAUACAAAAAUGGCUGCUGUGCAACAAAAUCUAAGCAAAAUGAUUUCGGCUCAGCUGCGUAAUAAAGCAAAUGAGUUUUUGAGCUCUAGAAAACAUGCUAAUAACUUGGCUGAUAUCCUACAGUUGUUUGAGACGGAAACGGAUAAUUACACGCCGGUAUUACUAACCGUGGAAUUACUCUUUACGGAGCUACUGAAAAGAGGGGAUUUGGUGCAAGAGAUAAUUCCACUGAAGCCUGUGGAUCACAGCCCAGAAGCAGAGUACAAGAGAUGGUUAAAUGAAUGCUAUGAAGCAGCAUUGACCAGGACACUAGAGUGCAUUUGCAGAGGAAAAACUAACUCAAGGCUCCAGGCACUCGUCACAGCAUGCAAAUUGAUGCAGGCAGAAGGAAAAUAUCCACUCGAGCCAACUACAGGAUAUUACUUCCCUACUGUUCGAUUGAAGAACAUUUUCACAGUCCUUCUUGACUCGGAAACUUCCAUGUCUGCACCAAUUGCAAGAUUUCAAGAAUUUUCUGACUAUAAGGAUGUGCAACAAUAUGGACUAAAGGUUUUGUCAGCUCUAGCUCUUCGCAAGUCUCCCUCAUCCAUUUUUAUGCAGAACUACUUGGAACUAUUAGACAAACUGUUGGCCUCAGAAAUAUCUCUUGACAUAAAGGCUAAGAAGAAAAGAGAUGAGGAAAAAGAAGACAAGUUGUUAUGUUCCACAGAGAAUAAGCCCAAGUUUCCAUACAACGCGUCCAUCUGCCGUCGCUACGCCAACCGCUGCUGGAGCUGCGCCUGCCAGUGGCCGCUGUGCGAGGAGCCCAAGUCACACAGGCGGGCUCUGCUGCUGCUCGUGGAGAGACUCAUGCCGCUGCUGCAGAAGCCACAUCUCACUACUGAUAUGCUCUGUGACAGUCUAGAUGCAGGUGGUCCAAUCAGUAUGCUGGCUCUGCAGGGCGUCCUGGACUUGGUUCGUCUCCACAACAUUGACUACCCCGACAUAUAUGACCGCCUGUAUGCCCUGUUUGAACCGGAGAUGUUUGCUACACGGUACAAGAAGCGCCUCAUCCACCUCGCUGAUAUUUUCCUCAGUUCAACGCAUUUACCAGAAGCUCUAGUGGCAGCAUUCGCUAAGCGUUUGUCGCGGCUGGCGCUGCUGGCGUCGCCCGAGGACGCCGAGUCGCUCCUCCACCUCGUCGGCAACCUGCUGUCGCGCCAUCCCGCGCUCAAACGCAUGAUAUGCUGCGACGACUCACCAGCUAUAAUGUCAAACGAUCCAUACAUAAUGGAGGAAUCGUGCGCUACUCGGUCUCGCGCGCUGGGCUCUUCGCUGUGGGAGGCGCGCGCGCUGCGCCGGCACUGGGCGGCCGGCGUCGGCGCAGCGGCCGCGCGCGUGCUCGCCGGCGGACAUGCCCCCGCCAGCCUCGCCCCGCCGACCGACAUGAUGUUUGAUGCUGAAUUAAAGAAGAGAUUUAAAACCAUAGAAGUAAACUUUAUACGACCACAAGGUAUGAGCAUGGGGAGCGGAGAGAGACUCCUCGAGUACUGGGAGUUGAUGGCUUGAAACGCACUGGGUAUGAUGACAAAGUAUUGCACUUCAAGUAUGAAAUCUGCCGAAAAUCAGGCCAGGGUGAGAACAAUUUGUUUAUGAAACUUCUUAUUAUAUUGGGUCUCCCAUGUAGGUAUUAUUAUCAGAGUAAACUCUGAUGACAAUGUUAUAACGGUUUUCAUAAUAUAUUUUAUAAAAAUUUAGGAUAAGAAAUUGAGUUAAAAAAAGUCCAUUAGGAUGAAUAAAAAAUUUGAUGGAAAACAAUUUUGAAAAUUGCGGGUAAUGGAUGUAUCUUACAUUCCUGAUUGUUUGCAUGGAAAUCAUAAUAUUAUUAUAUCCCAUCCAUAACCAUCACAAACAAAUUCUUCCAACUACUACUAUUAUUAUGCAAGUAUAUUAUUUUUGCAUUGAAAUCGCCACA